UGCUCUCACAUCUGACCGGAGAAAGUCUGAGCUGCUGCCUCAGAGAAGAUGCUGUAGAGGAGCUGAACCCGCUACAAGGUAUUUACAGAAACUCAAGAGCAGAUAGUCAAGAUGACGGCCAUCGAGAGUAAAGAGGAGAUCAGUGACACCGACAGCGGGAUCAUCUUACACUCUGGUCCAGACAGCCCCACGUCCCCAGUGAAGGAUCUGACCACCCACACCAGAGCCCUGAAGCUGAAGCACCAGUCACUGGAGGAACGACUGGAGCUUUGCCUGCUGGAGCUCCGGAAACUCUGCAUCAGGGAGGCAGAGCUGACCGGCACACUGCCUUCAGACUAUCCUCUGAUGCCAGAUGAGAAGCCACCUCGGGUUCGGAGGAGGAUCGGAGCUUCAUUCAAGCUGGAUGAAGGUCUGAUCCAUCUGGACCAACAGGAUUCAGAGCUGCAAGCACUAGAAACUGACCUGGCUCUGCAGCGGCAGAUUUAUGAGGCGGCCCGCAAGCUCUCCCUCGAGGAUAAACUCAGCAAACCACAGAAGAAGAGCCGGCUGCAGCAGUGCAAGAGGGAGGAGAAGAAAGUGAAGGAACUGCAGGAAGCCGUGUUCCAGCACAGGAUCAAGAGCGAAUGCAACUCGCCCUGCAUCACCACCUCAGCCAGCCAGAACAAAGAUCUGUGCAUGUCUGAUGACAGCUCCCUCUCUGAUGUGGUGGCUCUGGAUGAUGACGUGGACUCGCUCACUCCCCUCUCACCCCCAGCGUUGGGCUCUUCCUACUCAGACCCUCUCCAGCUGCCAGCUAAGACCCUGCAGUCGUCCCCCCAGUCCACAAGCCAGCUCAGUGUGGAGUACGAGCGCUCUCCCAUCCAGAACUCUCCCUGGAAAGAGUCCAGUCUGGACCAUCCUUACCAGAAGGCCACAAAGCCUCAGUCGGCUUGCAGCAGCAGGUCCAGUAGUCCAUCAGGAACCCAGGUGUCUGCAGAGAGCUGCAGGAUUCCUCUCACUCAGUUUGUGAAGAACUCGGCUCUGCGUCACAGCCACUCCACCAGCGCUCCCUCCACUCCAGAGCUGCUCGUACGCCGCCAGUACUCCCAGUCCUUCAGACUUCCCAAGAAAAAGCUCUCUACCGACAUGGAUCGCCUCAACUCAGAGAACAGCCGAGGGCGAGCCCGGCUGCCCCAGCGGCGCUGUGUGGCCGACUUCAUGGUGCGUUCUCCGGAGUACUCUCCCCUGCGUCCCUGCCAGUCCAGCUCUGAGGACAGCAGCUCGGAGCACUCCUCCACCUCCUACAUCAGCUCUCCUGGCAGGGACGGGCCCACUGAGAUCCCUAAGCUCUGCCCCCCGCCCUAUGGGUUCCACUUUGGAGCACAGAAAAAAGGAUUCUCCAGCUUUAGCAGCCAGUCUCCAUGCAGCCCCGGCUACGUUAGAGCCACAGGAGAGAGCGGCCCGCUGUCUCCACAGGACUCGGGCCCGGGGAAGUGCUUCUUGUCCUCCCCUCCUGUGGCUCGCAGCCCUCAGCAAAGACAGUGGCAGGAGGGAGCGUCUUCCCCGAGGAGCAUCCUGAAGCCCCCUCCACCUUACACCAGGCUGGUGCGGACCCCGUCGCUGAAGGAGUACCCGAACCACGGCAUCAGGCUGAUGCCCAGAGAGAUCGUGUCGGAGGAGCUGAAGUCCUGGCAUCAGAGGAAUCAGCUGCAGAAGUCGAGACCAAACUGUGGGGAGCAGCAGAGUUUGCUGAGUCCCACUUCACCUCACCUGCCUCCCUUUCAACAGGGAUCAGGUAAUUUGAUUCUCCAGAGAGCUGCAGACGGGACUCCGGUCCAGUGGUUUGUGGCCGAGGACGCAGAAAUCGUGAGCCAGGUGUAGCCAACAGUCAUUUCCUUUCUAUUUAACUCUGUAUUUAUUAAGUCUUUGGACUCUCUGUGAGAUCGUUUGUCAACACGAUGCAGAAAACGUGGACCUAUCGGUACCGGUGUCUGUAAUUAAUUUAAAACUUUAAGUAAGGUGAUAUGCCAGUUUUAUUUAUUUCUAAGUAUUUUCAUUAUAGAGCUGAGGUGAAGUGAAGCUCAUACAAUUCCCUGAAUGUGUCAUACGGAUCAUACACUUUCUGUUUGUUUCUUUUUUUGUGGCUGGGACACAUUUUGCACAUAAAACUCACCUACAGUAGUUUUCACCAUUCCUAAUAUAAUUGUUAUCUAUAUUUAUCUAUUAUUUAAAGUUCCCCCCUUAUAACAUAGAGACUUAUAACUAAAGUUUUGUUACACCUUUGAACACGCAUUGAUGUCUUUAUAAGAACUAUAUAUAUUAUAGUUAAUACCGUGAAGUAAGCUGAAUCUUAACGUUUGCUAUUAACUCCUAAUUAUUAAUCACUGAUGCCUUUAAUGGUGGUUUGAUGAAUGUUUUCACUGCAGUAUGGUGUUUUCUUACUAACCCAGUGAUUGUAUCAGUUUUGAUAUGUUUUUUUGUAUAUUUAUAAUAAAACUUAUGACCUAAAGUGA